AUGUCAGGCCCUCAGUGCUGUUCUAACCCACCAAUUAUCAAGACAAGCUGUGGUUCAGACUCUGCUGAAAAAUUUGGAGGCCUUACUGUCUAUGUCACAGGAUCUCCUAACUCCAAGCGUGCUAUUCUUCUUAUCUCUGAUGUUUUUGGAUAUGGAGCUCCCAACUUGAGGAAGCUUGCAGGAAGAGUUGCCACUUCUGGAUUCUAUGUUGUAGUUCCAGACUUCUUCUAUGGAGAUGCGUUUGUGUAUGACAAUAACAGGCCUCUAGCAGUCUGGUUAAAAGAUCAUGGAACGGAUAAGGGAUUUGAAGAUGCAAAAUCAGUGAUUGACGCUCUUAUACGUCAAGGUUUUUCUGCAAUUGGAGCUGCAGGCUUCUGUUGGGGUGGCAAGGUCGUGACCGAACUUGCGAAGUCUGAGUUCAUCCAAGCUGCUGUGCUGUUGCAUCCUUCAUUUAUAUCUGUGGAUGAUAUUGAGGGGGUUAAAUCUCCAAUUGCCGUACUAGGAGCUGAGAUUGACAACUACUCUCCACCAGAACUCGUGAAAGAGUUUGAGGAGAUAUUAAAUGCUAAACCCGAGGUUGAUAGCUAUGUGAAGAUAUUUCCAAAAGUUGCACAUGGUUGGGCUCUGAGGUAUGAUGUUGAUGAUGAAGCAGCUGCAAAGAGUGCAGAGGAAGCUCAUAAUGACAUGUUGCAGUGGUUUGCUAAGCAUGUAAAGUAAUUACCUCCUCGUUCUGUUUCUGAUGAGAACAAUAUGGAUUCUUAAAAUGGUUGAAUAAUUCUUGGAACUCUGAUCCAAUUCGAAGUCAUGAUAUAUUAAGUAUGAUAUAUUUGAUACCCUG